AUAGUUUCAAUAAACAUGUACGAUCCCUGCAAUACUCCCGACGGACAGAACGGCAUUUGCGUUGACUACACGGAAUGUGGCAUCAUUAUGCAGCUAUUAGAACAAAACGCGAAGAAACAGGAUCCGGCUAUAGAGAAAUACGUUCUUCUAAGCAUCUGUGGAGAUCAAGAUCGAUCAAGAUUGGUUUGCUGUUCAGCUUUAAGGUUUUCACAAAGAACCACUGCUACAUCCGGAAUAUUCUUUUUCACCCCGAAGCCUUCAACGACAACUGCGGGUGGAAGCACCUUAACCAUAACUGAUAGACCGGAACGAACAACCACUAUUUUGCGACCGCUGGGACCAUACAGACUUCCCACGAAUGCUAUCGAUCGUUGCGGAAUGUCCAAUGCUUCGCAUUCACGUGUUGUUGGAGGAAUGAAUGCCCAACCUGGCGCAUGGCCUUGGAUGGCUGCAUUGGGAUACCGUGCCAGUAGUUUCGACCUCACUACGGGACCCAAAUUUCUGUGUGGAGGAGCAUUAAUCACGGUUAGACACGUGCUCACUGCUGCCCAUUGCGUACAAAACUCACUUUACUUCGUUCGGCUUGGUGAGCAUGAUAUCACUUCCAGCAACGAUCCUGUCAAUCCUGUUGACAUAUACAUCGCAAACACAAUUAUGCAUGAGCAAUACAACGAAAAAACCAUCCAAAAUGAUGUUGCGCUCAUUCGCAUGCUGCAAAGUGCUCCUCUCUCGGAAAUGAUUAAACCCAUCUGCCUGCCGGUGGAGAACACACGCGACUGGACUUACUAUUCACCGUUCGUUGCUGGCUGGGGUACGACGUCAUUUCGAGGCCCAACAUCAAAUGUACUACAGGAAGUUCAAGUUGUAGUUUUGCCAACGGACCAAUGCGCCUUCAACUAUAGGUUGUAUUUUCCCGACCAAGUAUUCGAUGCCAAAGUACUCUGUGCUGGAUUUCCCCAAGGGGGAAAAGAUUCUUGUCAAGGUGACAGCGGAGGGCCGCUGAUGUUGCCCCAGCUUGCGUCGAACGGUCAGUACUACUAUUUCAACCUGAUUGGAAUCGUUUCAUACGGAUACGAGUGCGCGAAAGCCGGCUUCCCAGGAGUGUACGUGAAUGUUAGUGCAUACAUUUCGUGGAUCGAGUCUAAACUGAAUACGCGGAAGAACGUUUCGCACUGUUCGGCAGUGAUUUUUCGCGUGAUAUCGAAACGAACAAAAAAAACGGAUAGUUCAAACAAAUCGUUGUGUGAAAAGUGGAAGCACAAAAGAAUAGUGAUGCGGCUUUUUACAUUGGCGAUUAGUUUUGCGCUGCUUGUGUACAAAGUGUAUUCGCAAGCUCAAUCAUGCUAUACACCUAAUAGAGCCAUUGGAGUUUGCCAAGCUCUACCCUAUUGCCCAUCAUUAGUCCGGCUAUAUCAGUAUGAUCGCUCGAGACAAACCGUAGAUUUCUUGGUUGCAUCACAGCGGAGUUGUGGCAACCGUGUUGCUGAAAAUUAUCCCGUACUUUGUUGUACUGACGGAGUGCGUUAUAACCAAAAUCCAACCACUAGAUCUCCGUUUAUUGAAGUACCAACUACCACCACUACAACAACGACGACGACUACAACUACCACACCCAAACCCACUACGACCAUCGCUCCUGUUGUAACACAACCAACUCGUCGAUCGGAUUGCACCGGUCCGGACAGAAGACCAGGAAAUUGUAUAAGUUUGCGCGAGUGCCCCUCACUGUUGGAUGAAUUUCUGCUCCGCCAAAAAGAACCUCAAUUCGUCAAAUUUAUCCAGGAUUCCAACGCAGUUUGUCAAUACGUGCAGCCCAAUGUGUGUUGUCCUCUUCAGGGCUCGGGUGGGACCGUGAUCCCAGCACCACCUCUACCGCCACCGCCUUCUCCGCCACCAGUUGCUCCCGAAGUAUCACCGAAGCCUAAAAACACUGAAUCGUACAGACUCUUGACACCCGACGAGGGCUGCGGCAAUAGUACUGUCGAACACACCCGCAUUGUUGGAGGUGGUCCGGCUUUCAUACAUGGUUGGCCGUGGAUGGCACUGAUUGGGUAUAAAAAUACGCUCGAUGAAGUUUCGUUUAAGUGCGGGGGGUCGUUAAUUACCAAGCGUCAUAUUUUGACAGCGGCCCAUUGCAUUCGCAAAGAUCUUUUCUCCGUUCGUCUUGGCGAGCAUGAUACAUCCACUGAUACAGAAGCUAGACAUGUUGAUAUUCAGGUUGUGAAGAUGGAGACGCACCCUGCGUAUGACAAGAAGGACGGACAUUCGGAUAUUGCGGUGCUUUAUCUUGAUGAGGACGUCGAGUUUAAUCGUGCGGUGCGCCCAGUAUGUGUACCUGUGAAUGAACCCGUGAGAAGUCGAAACCAUGCGGGAUACACUCCGUUUGUGGCCGGCUGGGGACGAACCCAGGAAGGGGGCACAUCAGCAAACAUUCUACAAGAACUGCAAGUUACCGUCAUACCGAAUGAUCAAUGUCGCGGAUUGUAUGCCAAAAUGGGGAAGGCUUUCAGCGAAAAACAAUUCAACGAUCAGGUGAUGUGUGCUGGCGAAUUAAAGGGUGGGAAGGACUCUUGCCAAGGUGAUAGUGGAGGUCCACUGAUGUUGCCAGAGCGUGUUGGUCUUGAUCAAAUCUACUACCAAGUUGGCGUUGUGUCCUACGGAAUAGGUUGUGCCCGAGCGGAUGUUCCUGGUGUGUAUACACGAGUGGCGCAGUUCGCCGAUUGGAUCCAGGAGAAAGUUAGUGAACCAUUUUAGGGGGUAAUGUGAUUUGUUGGUAAUAAAACGAUAUUUAUAGCUUUGUUGUA